UUUCCCUGCUGCAUCCAGGCAGCACGGCGGGCCGAGAGGGACGUGCCUGGGGCUCCGAGCCAGGAGACACGCCCGGGCAGCGCUGCCCCGCUGCAAACCCGCUCCAUGGAAAUCCGUGCAACAGCUCGGCUUGCUGCUGCCCGGCCGGCUCUGCUCCCGCGGGUCUGAGGGACCGGCGGCCCUGGGGGAGGCGCUGCUUUGGUGUCCCGGGAGGUGCCCCAGCGCUGUCAGCACCGCGCACCCGGCCCCGCAGCUCUUCCCAGGACCCAGCCUGGCCUUACGGGCCAGGCACUGAACACGGUUCACUGGGCUAGCGGCAGCCGCGGCCCCUCCGCGUCCUCCUGCUCUGGGCUGCAGCGGGAGCUGUACGUGCUCCCUUGGAGCCUUUGUGGUGCCCGUUCGCGGGGCUCGCACUGCCCUGCUCCUGCUCCUCCUCCCUUGCGAGCGGGGCUAGUGACCGCGCUCUCCUGCCUGUCUCCCGUCUCGAGACUCACUUUGAAAUCGUAUCCCGUAGGUGCUGGCUGGGUGCCUGCUUAACAGGUGUGAUGUCAAGUGUGAUGCUGAUGCUCCAGUGACUAAGCCAGCCUCUUCUGGCGCAGACUCCGUCAUCCUAUCUGUGCUUCUAGCUCGGGGUUUCAGAGGAGGGCAUCUCAUAAUCAGGUCACAUUCCACUGAGGAGCCACCAUCCGUCUCUCCCUAAAUCGCGACACCAGAGAGGGAAGAAGACAAAUAAUCGCUUUGCGAGAGGUGGAGAAAAAAAGACCACGAUCAGAGAUGAGAGCCCUAGGCUGCUGUCUGGUGUUGCUGUUGGCUAUCGCCUUGGCGGAAGGGGACAGCAAAGGGGGUAAAGACGGAGACCAUCCAGGCAAUUUUAUGGAGGACGAGCAAUGGCUGUCUUCCAUUUCUCAAUACAGCGGCAAGAUCAAACACUGGAACCGCUUCCGAGACGAGGUGGAGGAUGACUAUAUCAAGAGCUGGGAAGAUAAUCAGCCAGUUGAUGAAGCUUUGGACACAACCAAGGACCCCUGCCAGAAAGUGAAGUGUAGCCGGCACAAAGUUUGCAUUGCCCAGGGCUACCAGAGGGCUAUGUGUAUUAGCCGCAAAAAGUUAGAGCACAGAAUCAAGCAACCUGCCCUGAAACACCAUGGAAACAAAGAAAGCUUUUGCAAACCAUGUCACAUGACCCAGCUUACAUCUGUCUGCGGCUCUGAUGGACACACUUACAACUCUGUGUGUAAACUGGAGCAGCAAGCCUGCCUAAGCAGCAAGCACCUGGCAGUGAAGUGUGAGGGCCAGUGCCCCUGCCCAACCGAGCAUGGCCCCACCUCAACCACAGAUGUCAAACAAGAGACUUGUACCGGGCAGGACUUAGCAGACCUGGGAGACCGUCUGCGGGACUGGUUCCAGCUCCUACAUGAGAACUCCAAGCAGAACAGUUCUGGAAACCCAGGGGCUAAUCCAGUGAAUGGUACGGAAACUGCAGUGCUGGACAAGAGCCUGGUGGCCAGUUGCAAGGAUUCCAUUGGCUGGAUGUUUUCCAAGCUGGACACAAACAAUGACCUUUUCCUGGACCAGACAGAGCUCGCAGCUAUCAACCUAGACAAGUAUGAGAUUUGCAUCCGGCCCUUCUUCAACUCCUGUGACACCUAUAAGGAUGGCCACGUCUCCACUGCCGAAUGGUGCUUCUGCUUCUGGAGAGAAAAGCCCCCCUGUCUUGUGGAGCUGGAAAGGAUCCAGAUCCAAGAAGCAGCAAAAAAGAAACCUGGUAUUUUCAUUCCAAGCUGUGAUGAGGAUGGAUACUACAGGAAGAUGCAGUGUGACCAGAGCAGUGGGGAGUGCUGGUGUGUUGACCAGCUUGGCAUGGAGCUGACAGGAACACGGAUACGUGGAAACCCGGACUGUGAUGACAUAGUUGGGUUCUCGGGGGAUUUUGGGAGUGGCGUUGGAUGGGAGGAUGAGGAAGAGAAAGAGACUGAGGAAGCUGGAGAAGAGGCUGAAGAAGAGGAGGGAGAGGCAGACGAUGGAGGCUACAUAUGGUAGAAGCGGAGAAGAGCACAGUUUGGUCGGGAUGCUGGCAGCAAGGCGUGACAGCAGGCAAACUCGAAGGAGAUGAGCAGCUUAAUGAGAUGAUCAGGAAACACAGCUGAAUGUAACUUAUAUAGCAGAAAAAGUGUGUGUGCGCAUGUAUGUGUGUGUGGAUGCUUGGGGUGCUAUUUACAAUGCCCCAGGGAUUCCCUGCAUUCUCCCAAUACAGCUGAAAACACCACUGUAGCAAAGCAAAAGUAAAAAGCAGUCUGCAGUGUUGGUUCAGUUGGGGUUUUUUGUUCCACUUUUAGGUCUUUACUGAUAAAUAUUUCAGCCCAUGGGCACAUACCCCCUAGUGUGCACAUGCUCACACAUACCAAUACCCAUAUUCAAAGCCAUGAGUAAAAAACACCCACCAGUAAUUAAUACCUUGUUAUAGAAAUCUGGCUGCUGAGCUAGCUCACCAGUGACUUUAGCAAUUGCACACUGCAAACGCCUUGGAAAAUCACAGGAGCGUUUCCCAGUCUGCACUGUAGCACAGGCACUGCCAUGGUUUGAAUGACAGGCUGUUCUAGUGUGCAGUCCUUCACUUGCCUAAACUUUAGGUGAAGAAUUGUACUGCCAUAGUCCAAAUGCAGGGCUGUACCCAGUGUGGGUGAGACAGAAUUGUCCUUGGGCCUGUUUGAGAUUCCUGUUUCUUAGGGAAAAUUAACCUAUAAGGAUAUUGCAUCUUGCUCUUGAAAGCAGUGCUCUAGUGGUAGGUCAAUGACUGUUGAGGCACCUGUGACUUGCUCAGCUACCUUAAAACCAAAAGGGGUAUUGAAGCUUUUUGCCAAACAGAUUGGUCAUGAAUUAAUUCUGCAUCUUCUAGUGGCACAGAAAAGGGGAUCAGACACUUAGACUUGCAGACCAUUUUAAUCAUGGAGUAAAGUUUUGAUCAAUGAUUUUAAUAACCUUUUUGACCUUGCAUGAUGGAAAAAACAAACUGCAUUGACAGGCUCAUUACAAUAAGAGUCCAAGAAAACCUGUUCUGUACCCACUUCUUUCCCAUCCAUCCCGAUGUCCAGUGCCAGCUUCUGGUAGUCAGAGGUUUAGGGAUACUCAGAGCUUGGGGGUGUGUCCCUGACCAUCUUGGCUAAGAGCCACUGAUAGUCUUGGAGAAAGCGUACCUUGCAGCUGGUACAGGCGGGACAAAGCAUGACCUAACAGGAUCAGAUAAGCACAUGCUGUCCUAUGAAAACUCGAAAGCUUGGCUGGAACCUGACUCAGACUGGUAGUGCCCAAAAGCCUUUGCUAUAUGAUACUCAUUAAUGGGGCCAGGUGAAAUACAUUGGUGGUGUCAGGUCCAUUUAUUAGGGAUUGAGGGGGGAGGAGAAGAGGAGGGUUCAAUGACAAUAGGUGAUCACAUAGACUGCAGCUUUGUCUUGUCCAAAGUAUUGAUUAGAAUUUUGUGUGUGUGUAAGCGAGAUGUGUUGUGGGCUUCAGAAAACUCCUUCCAGUGUUCUACACUUUGCAAAGCUGGGAGCUGCUCAGACCAGUAAAACUGGCUAUAAGGCUGCCCAUUCAGCUUCUUGUAACCAUGGUGUAAUUGCAGCCACAAUUUCCAUUAUCAGUACUAGAAAGCCUCCAUCUUGCAGAAGAUGUUGAAGCACUGGUGGCAACAUCACUCCAGUUCGCAUCUUUCCCUGUUCGUGGGAGUAUUCUGCCACCUUCACCCUGCCAGAAAAGGGAAACAAAGUCUGAAAAGUCAGUUUCUUUGUAAGAUGUAGAACACUUCCCUUCUGCUCCAGGAGACAAUGCACUUAUUGAAUGUGAACAAUGCACGUAUCAGUGUUUUUUGUCAUUGCUCUCUCUGGAAAGCACCUAGCUUCUCUCUAUUCAGUUUGUGUGCCCAUCAUGGGGUUGGGCUGAGGUAUUUUUGGUCACUUUUGAAUGUUCUGUUAGUCACUGGACAAUUGAAGAAGCUCUGAUGAGCUGGAAAAGCCAAUGCUUUAAGUUUUAAUACAGAAGAACCAGUUCCCCAAGAACAUGUAUUUAAAGGCAGGAAGAGUUGGUUAGUGGGGCAUAGGAAGCAACUUGGUGAGGAGCAUGGGGACACAGUGCAACUGAAGAUGAAGACAGACCUGAAAAUAACAUUCCUUCAGUGAAAGAAAAGCCAUCUUCCCCACUCACAGACCAGCCACCCACCCCCUAUUUUCAAUGCAGCCUCCAUGAUUGCAAACUGGGUGUCUGCUCUUGACUUAAGAAGGUUGGUUGGCUUUUUUUGAUGGAGAUACUUACAGUGAGCACAUGCACGCACACACAUGCACACACACACAAAAUAAGGGGCUUAAUCCUAUUCCCAUGACGUCAUUGUAAAUUUUGCCAGGGACUUAACUGGAAGCUGGAUUGGACCCAAGCUAUGUUAAUUUCAGUUUGAUGGACUGGCCCCCAGCAAUCAGAUGUGUGGCUCUGUGUGCAUAUGGGUGUGUGCCUUGAAAGCCUGUGCAUGUGUGUGCAGUGUAAACAUGCCCCAGUGCAGCGAGAGGGUGUGGGUGUGUGGUAAAACAGCAGCAGCCAGCUUGGCUUACGUUGGGUAUUCCAGAUCUUAUGUGACAUUAAGUCUAAAAGGCUGAACCAGAAGCUCAAUUUGCUACUGCAUAUUCUUAAAAAAAAAAAAAAAUUAAAAAUCUAAAAUCCCAGUAAACUCAAGUAACAUGCUUGCAAUGAUCCCAUAUUAGAGAACACUGUUACGUAGUCAGCUGUGAUGAUAAAUGCACCUUGCUGUGUGGAACGCUUUACAUUCCCUUCCACCCAAUCUCUCUCUAAUAAAUACACACAGACAGCUUAUCCCCCUUUAUUCAGCUAUUUCUCCUGAUCUUCUGAGGAAAGAAUAAUUGACCAUGACCGACGAGGGGACACUGUAGUUGAAUGUGCCACUCCCGAAGGGGAUGACCUUCUCAGUCAGUGUGCUACUUGAAAUGUUCUGUUUUUCUUAGAGUUUGUGUUUUGUAUUGGAUUUUUUUCCCCAUCAGCAUCACCUCACAAGCCAUAACACACACUUGACCUUUCAUUCCGAAAAGCUCACUUUUACAUCCCCCCUGUUGUCAUUGCCUUUUGGGGCUGUUCCAGUCUCUCUUGUUUGCUUCAUGCCUGCUUGGCUCUGGUACUGGAUUUGCUUCCAGUUGUGCAUGUUUAAUAACCUGUAAAUAUGUUUUUGAAUCAAAGAAGCAAUUUUCUAAUCCUGAUGCGCUCUAGCCAUGUAGAGCCCCUCCUUCCCCUGAGAUGGUGGGGCCUGCCUCUGAGUUUUGGACAGUUAUUGAGGCACUGGUGUCCUUUAGUCUCAACCAAGCUCAAGGCUGCAGUGGUUGUGCUAGGAUUCAGUUCAGCAGUGAAAAGCUCCACUGGAGGUGUUUGUUUGCCUCCGCUAACGAGGCCUAUGUUGCUGCAGAGGUCAGUGCCUCAAAAAUAUAAACAAAGGAACAACACACACAAAUCAUUUGUAGCCCUUUGCUUUCCAGAGCUCUACCUCCCUGCUAAUGUGUACACAAGGUAUUAAUGCCCUCCCUGCUGUAUUUACAACCAGGAAAAAUUACAACCUGUGUGUUGGGAUUCUUGGUUAAUUGACACCACCACCAUUCCCAUAGGAAUCAGCUGUGAUAUCAUUUAGCAAGCAGCUUGACCAUCACACCUGCCCACAUAGUAAGAAGUUGUGCUAGCACAAUGUGUCAUUGGCAGGAGGGGAGUUAGUAGAGGAAACAUCUGGCUACACUUGUUAAUGUUUUUUUUUUCCCUUGAGACUGAACUAAGCCAUUGCAAUAUCCAUGACGGGACUUCUGACCCUGGGGCUAGUGCUCUUCACUGCUGUGCAGAAGACCUAGCUUCCAUUCCUGGUUUUCAGCCCCAGAGAUGGCAGGGGCUGAGGGCACUGGAAGAACCAGGCUCAGACUCUGAGCAGAAGAGGAAGGGCCUUGCAUUGCACAGCAGCACAUACCCUCCCCCCGGAGAAGUAGGAAUGGGAUAGCUGGGCAUGGAAAAGAGUCUUAGCCUCCUGGUCAAGGUAAAUAGAACGAGAGGUGGGAUCUGGGACGAUGCAAAGUGGGCAGAUGGAAUCCUAAGGCACGUAGAGGGCACUGGCUCAGCUGUAGGCUUUUCAAGUGUGGCUGAUCAUUCUCUGUGUUUUCGCAUUCAAGCUUCCUGUGGAUCUUUCCAUACACUUCUCUUUUACUAUGGAACUGCCCUGUCUCUACAAAAUGUAGCGCCACGGCUUUAAACCUUUUAUCCAUCUCUUUUGCUCUUCUCUUCCAAACUCGCAUUUAGCUCACUGGCGAUCGAGAGCUAUGUAUAUUAAAACCAGUAAUAGAUAAGUAUUUUGAAGGUGUUCAAAACAUGUUCAUUUUGUUUUUUAAUUAUAUGCUUAAUGAAAGAAACUGACUAACAAAGUUCAGAGAGGAACAACAGCGUCUAGCCUGAAAUAUAUUAAAAUGUCUUAUGUGCAAUAACUUUGAACUUAGAGUUAAGAAUCGUGUUCAAGUGCUUGGAUUUCAGUUUGUAUAUUUAAGUGCUGAAAUUGUAUCUCUCAGUAAUUUUAGAUGUUAAUCCAAACCAAGUGUUAAAAUGUAUGUGUGCAUUUGACGGGCACUAGCGCACCAAGCAUUUCAAUUCUUAGGGCCCUCUUUCCCCAGCUGUUACACUCCUGUCCUGCUUCACAAGGCCGCCAGGAAAAGCUGUUUCACAUUAUCUGUCUCUGCCUAGUACUUAACCUAAGGAAACAAGUACACACAUCAAGAAAUGAAAUACGUUAUUUUUUAAAAAAUAAAUAAAAAUUUAUAAACACUCUUUCCCCUCCCACCCCAGUGCUGUCAUCUCUGUUUUAAAAGACUUGGGCUGGAGUGUGAAUUCAAAAUGGCAACUGACAGCCAGCAGGGGAGACUCAAGUCAUCCAUCUGCUCCAGAGGUAGCGUGCUGAGCUGGGGGGGGGGGGGGGGGGGAGGAGGGAAGGGAAGUGUCUUAAGUUGUGCCUGUUGCCAGACAGCUCUUGCAAGAGUUGAGACAAUGCCUCUCAGCCAGAAAGGGGCUGGCCAGAGUGCAAAGUCCUGAAAGCAGAUGCUACAGAAUUAGGGCCAAUCCUGUAGAGCUACAAAACAGAAGGGGAAGGACCCUUCAGGUUAAAAAAUGGCUACAUUAGAGCACUCUCUCUCAUCAGCAUCUUACCCCAAUUUGGAGUCACCUUUCCAGUUGUUAGCCAAGGCUGGUGGAGAUGAGUGGUAUUGCAGGCAGGCUUCAACAUUAAAAGCGUUGGCCUAGGGCUGCUCAGUAUAUAGACAGAGUGCAUGCUUGUUACUAACUGUGAGUGUCCCAGGUAGAGAGCUACUGUAGCAAAGCUUUUAAGGCAUUUCAGAGUUACAGGGAAGAGGUGACAACUAUUCACUGGUCUGGACUGCACUCCACUCCAGAAUGUGACAGCAGGUUAUUUCACUAUGGGGAAUUCCACCUUCCUCUGAAGCAUGAGGUGCUGGCCAUUGCCAAAAAUUGGAUACGUGGCUAGAUGGACUACUGCUCUGAUCUGGUAGAGCAAUUCUCCUGUGCCCAAGUAAUGCAAAUGCCUCCCGUUUUGAGCAAUCAGGCCUCAUUCCAUGUUGAGUAUGGGGCAUAUUCCUGUAAAUGUCUUUAAAUAAGUGAGUAUCUCUUCUUUCCUCUAUCUGCAACCAUGUGUAGUCAAGGUGUUGCCGGUUCUGAGCGGAAGAGCUUGUUUCUCUUCUCCUAGCCUUGCUCCCAGUAAGUGUCGGAAAGGCAAGUCAGGGCUUUUUUACACAGACACAUUGCAGCUUAUUUGGGGAAAUUCCCUUUAAAGUGCAGUUGAACAAAUGCACCUGGCUUAACAUGAUGCAACGCUACCUAUGGCAGCAGACAUCAGCCAGCAUGAAAUCAAAUCCCACCUCUCCACCCUUCCUUUUUUUCAGAAAUCUCACACUCAGAAAGCAUUUUGGCACUCACCCGAGAGGAACAGUUCUGCUUUCUCAGGCUAUUCCAAUGCCAAAAGGAUCUCUAGCUACAAAAAUAUACUGUAGUUUUUGCACCCAUAGGGCAAACUCUCCUAAAAAGUACAGUAUAAUUAGCCACACUAAUAUAACGUGGUGUCGUACUGCCAGCACUUGCAUGAUGCCACAUGAGAGCAGCCAGGCUUGUGGUGAUCGGUGCAUGAUGUGCUAGUGAGAGUGCGGCCAGCUUGCAGCUGCAUACAGACUAGUAAAUAUGCUUCCUAGAAAAUAGAAAACCAGCAGCAAGAUAGGAAAGUCAGCUAGUAACUGCUUCUCUGUCCCUGGAGCACUGACAGCCUGUCAGAUUCUACUGUGUCUAUCCAGCUGAUAUGAAUCCAAGCCCUGUGGUGCUGCUAGACAGCCUCAUGCCAAACCAGCCAAGAGAAAGCCAGAGAAGCUAGACAUAGCUCUUCUCAGUAACAACUGAGAUUCAGGUCCUAUUGCCCAGUCCCAGUUACUGACUUAGCAGCUGACUUACUGGAACUUUUCUGGCUAGUUUCCUAUAGCUACUGAAAACACAACACAAAAAAUCAAAUAUUGUCAGCUGGGCUGGCAGUCCCUGGCACUGAGGCAUUUGUCGUGAGCAGAUGGAUGGUGAUUUGAGAUCAGACUUGUGCAUUUUCCAUCAGAGCUGUUGCUACUGGGUAGUAACAUUCAAAUCCACUGCUCCCACUCCUAUUUAAAUCAAUGGCACAAGACACAGUGACCUAUAGGGUGGAGGAGUAUGUACUUCAUGCAUUAGCUUUUUUGCACUGGAGACCCAGGAGAAAAUCCUACGUUUGGGCACCAGUGAAAAAAAAAAUCCAGUUUUGAUUUGCAUCCUACUCUUCAUUUCUACCCUUCAUAAAACCACAAGACAAUUGGCAGCUUCUGCUCAGGAGCAAUCCAAGCAGGAACAGCAGAAGUAGGGCAUUGCAGGGCAUGACAGAAAUGCAUUGCCACAAGUGAGGAAAAAGUCUCAACAAUCAGUGAAAUUGAAAAGGCUGAAAAUUCAAAACUUAUAAAAGGAAAUUUUUUUCCACCUGUAUGUAAUUAGACUGUGACACUGAGACUAAGCAUUUAGCAAAAUUCAAAAAAGGAAGUGGCUGCUUAGAUGGAUAACAAGAAAGUCCAGUUAGACUGAUGCUAACAAAAGAGUUUUGGAAGCAAUAUAAAAACCUCAUGCUUCAGGGCUGAAGACAAUAUUAGAUGUUAGGAUGAGACUUUCCUGUGGGGCAGAUAGUCCACAUCUGCCUAUUGUGGGGUUUCUUACACCUCCCUCUGCAACAUCUGGUACUAGCUGCCAUUAGAAACAGGAUGCUGGACUAUGUGGACCUUAGGUCUGAGCCAGUCUAGCAAUUCCUAUACAGUAUUAGCUUGCACAACACCUACCUGAGCUGAUACUAUCAGCCUUUGAUUUCAUGAGGGAUUUUGCUGUAGGAUGAUUAGAUGCUUGUCACAGGAGGCCAUUCAAAUAUCAAAUAAAAUAAUAACAGAGCAGAAAACAGGAACUCAAAAUUAAACCUGCUCUGACAAGCACAGGCUAUUUACAGUCUCUCUCUGCUCUGAAUCUAAUUCCAUCUCUUGCCUCCUGCUGCAGGAAGCUAUGACAUCUGCAAUACGACUCAUGAAAAUAAGAAAGCCACACAAAGCAAAGUUGGCAGCACAGUGAAUCCCAUCAAGUACAUAAAUCAGGGAAGGUGCAAGGAGGAGGGAUACAGGAUUUUAUAGUAACGAGGGAAAGUCUGUGUCAGAUCCUUGGGGUGAGAGGAGCAGGAAACGCUCUGAUAGGCUGGAAGGGCAGAAGACAGCUCUGUGGAAAUGCAGUGCAAACUUAACACUGCGCACAGCCCCAUAGAGCAUGCUACUGUUCAUUUUUCUGAAUGGCACGGCAUGAUUUCAAUGCAGUCACUGCAGAGUGCUCAGAGUGGUAGGUUCAGCUCUUGUUUGUUUCCCUGGCAACUCAUUCUUAUUUCAAUGCAGUGGUCAAAUACUAAGCAGAGCUUCCCAUUCCUGAAGUGAACUAAUCAGUCCUUCUAGCUCUGCCCCUAGGCAGCAACAAUAGUAAUUGAUGCUCUAUAUACUUUGCUUACAUGGGUGGGUCUCACUUAUUAGCACUUAGUCUGUGCUGGACCUUUAUAUAUUCAAAUGCUGGAUAUUUAUUCUCAUGCUCCCAGCCUCACAAAACACUAUAAAGAAUGUCAGAUUCACGCUACUAAACUCAUAACCAAGUUACGGGUGAUCAUGGCCUAGUUGCCUAACCACAUGCCAUCUCCAGGGCCCAAUCAGUUCAAAAAAGGGAAUAAUACUGUUUGAAGGGGUUUCAUGUAAAAUGCUGGAAAUGAAAAGUGGUGCAGACAUGUUAACUACCAUAAACUUGUAUUAUUAUUACUACCCCUUUAUUUAAAGGGGCACUGUGGAGAGAUUAUAUGGUUUAUCUUCAAACUUUGAAGUAGUUUAAGCAAACCUCUGCAAAGGCACUCACUGCAGAAUAAGUGUGGCUACAUGGGGACCUAGUAAGGAAUAGCUAUUUCACAAUAACUAUUCUGGAUUAUUGCCCCAUAUAGACAAGCCCUAAGACUUUUAAACUUUUAGAAACAAAAAUGCUCAUCUGAUUUUUAAGAGAAGACUCACUAAUGGACUGGUGGCUCAAGGCUAAGUGAAAGCCAAACUUAGGCCUUGAACAUCUUGACUGUUUCUUUAAAAAGAGAAAACAAGAUUCCCAAAUGUGAUGCCAAGAUACUUUGUGCUGUUAUGCAGGGACUGUGAGAUAAGGAUAAACCUCUUUAUUCCCAAACUCCUAGCAGAGAGCAGCAUAAGCUCCUCUCUUCCAACCCCAUCCCUAGAAACCACUGCUUUUGUAAGCCUUUCCAGUGCACCUACUAGUUGUUCCUUCACCUGCACCACUAUCUUGUGUAGCACAAACAUCCAAUUUAGACUACGGCGAUUCUCAGGAGUGCUAAGUGCCUGUAGGUCCAGCUGAGCUCCAUGGAUGCUGGGAUUUAGGUAUUGUAACCCUGAGCAGUGAAAGUGUUUGGAACAAGGGGACUGGACCCAGCAUAUCCCCCCUCCCCCGAGGGUGCCCUAACCGCUGGGUAUAGAGUCAUUCUCGCUCUGGCCCAAUGACUAUUUAAAUAUUUCACCACAGUGAAAGAGUCACUUGAGCCAGAGACAAAGGGAGAAUGACUCUGUAGUCCUGUGGUUAGAGCACCCAUGCAGGAGACCCUGCCUCCAGUCCCCUUGCUCCAAUUACACUCUCACUAUUGACUCACAGUGGAGCAGCUUCAACAGGAGAGAACUUCACAUCAAAAUAUCCCAUUUGCUCAGCUGUUCGAGCACUCUUCUGAGAGGUGGGAAUUUAACCUGGGUCUCCCACAUCCCAGAUAAGUCUGACUCUUAGUGUAAUGGUUAGAUCAAAGUGCUGAAUACCAGCACCUCCUCAGGUUGGUGUUUGAAUGGGACUGAUCUGGUAGGUGGCCUCUGAAUACUCGUACCACAUCAGACCCUGCAUGCACUUGGCAGAAUAUCUAUCUUCCUCCAACUUGUGAAUCGUUCUGCGGCUUAUGCAGGAGAGAGGCAUCCAGCCAUUAAGCAGCAGGCAGCAGUGUGCAUGCCUGGGGCUGGAACAUAGGUACCGGGGACCUUUUACCUGAAAAAUUAAGUGCCAACUGAGUUUAAAUACCUACAAGGUUCAGCAGGAGUUUUGCAGGUUGCAGAGGAGCCAAAACUCAGAUUGAGGUGCCUAAGUAUGGGGUUUAGACACCUACGUACCUUUAACGGCUCUGGGCCUAGAGUAAAUAAGCACAAGAACUUUGUUCAUCCAGGAAUUUGUGAAGCACUGUGUGUUCUUAUGCUGCUCUCUGCACAGAAACAUGGGAGCAUCUCUAUGGGUGGAGAUGGUUGGUGCAUGGCCUCAUUGCCUCUCUGAUCUCCAGUCUACCCAAAAUGACAGCUACCGUCAGCUGCUUCUCUUUGCCUCCUUCACUAAUGUCCUCUCCUCUUCAGCCUCAUAUUUAUUGCCUUGAUUCUCCACUACCUCACCCCAUCUGCAGUCCUACCCUUCACCAGAGUGGGAACACUACCAGGCUGACUGUAUAUUUUAUGCCCACUUUGCACAGGUGAAAAUAAUCACACACAAUGCAAGGCAAUGGAGAGGAAGGCUUUAUUGCAUCAGGUUUAAAGCUCCCACCUGCCUUCUCAUCAGUCAUUGUCUUCACCUGCUCAUACACCCUAUGCCCUCAUCUCCUGAGUGCUUCCUUCCACUCCAGCAUUAUGCCUUUACUUCCUCACUUCCUCUGAGCCACAGCUCUGUCUUCUCAUCCUUCCAGUAGCUCCUUAAAACCCAUUUGGCUCAUGGUCCAUUAGGAUUGUAACUGCUCCAUUUUGUGUGUCUGUUCACAUCUGCCUCCACAAUUGUAUUCUGGAACAAGUACCACAGCUAUCUGUGUGUCUGUAAAGAGCCAUGUCCAACUAGAACACUCUGAGUAAUAAAUAACAACCAGUUUUGUGUGCACCAAAGUGUGUUUAUGGGAGCAUGUAUAUGAUACAAGGGUGUGUGUUUGUGCACUUCUGUAUGCACUAAUGUGACCAAAAGUGAACAAGCAAAUCUAUGUUUGUGCAGCCUUAUGUUUAUAUAAGUGGCACAUGCUUAUUAAUAAAUUCAGUGGCUCUGA